CAAACGCCACGCCAAGUUGGGCGACGCCCAUCAAGAGAUAGUCUAGCAGGACUGGGACUCAACAGCAAGACAAUAUGUCGAGGCCGGCAGCGCGCAAAGCCGCGCCCAAGGGGGAGUACAUUGAGACGGACUCGGGCAACAAAGUCUCGCGGCGCAGCGCCAUCACGGGAACCGCAAACAUCACGCUAGGCGGACGCACCGUCAUCAUGGCCGACGUGCAGCUGCGUGGCGAUCUGCAUCCUACGCGCAGUGCGCCCUCGCAGUCGGGCAAGGACGUGACGCCCACGAGCAUCAGCAUCGGCCGCUGCACCGUCAUCAGCCAGGGCAGCGUGAUUAAGCCGCCCAGCAGAAUUAGUAGGGGGCAGGUGCAUUAUUACCCCAUGAAGAUUGGCGACAAUGUGUUUGUUGGCCAAAACUCAACUAUCCAGGCCAUCUCCAUCUCCUCGCAUGUUCACAUUGGCCAGCACUGCACCAUCGGGCCCUUUGCUAUUAUCAAGGAAAACGUCAAGAUCCUGCCGCACACCGUCGUCCCAGCCAACAUGGUCAUUGCCUCUGGAUCUGUCAUUGGCGGCCGCCCUGCCAGAGUCGUCGGCGAUGUAGGCGAGGGAUGGGGUGUUAGCGGCGGAGGAGGUGGUGGUCUUGGUGUGGGAGGCGGCGGCGAGGAGAAGUGGGUUGAGGGCGGCGAUUUGAGGGAACUCGUUAGGAGUAUACGGUAGCGUAGUAGUGCAGUACGAAAGCAAUGGACGUUUGUGAGGUUGCAACAACGGAAGAGAAAGAAGUU